AUGACGGGAAAGCCACUCACAACAGACCAUGGAAACAGAAAAUACGCUGUAGAUGGAUGGGACAUGGGCAGAAUGCUCAAGUUCAUAGAGCAGGAGUCAGAACAGAAGGCAAAUGAAAUAAAAAUAAAGGCAAACGAGAAGUACGCAAUAGAAGUGGCAGAAAUGGCCGUAAAGAGCAUGAAAAAAAUAAACCAACAGAAGACAGAGGAGAUACACAAAAUAAAAUCAGAAAAAACAAUUGCAGAGGGAAAGCUGAGGUCGAAGGCGAGCAUUACCAUUGCAAGGGAGAAAGAGCAAAUAAUCAACAAAAUACUAAACAAAACUAUAGAGAAGUGCCAGGACCAGCCGCUUACCACAAAGCUAGCACAGGACGCCAUCGGCAAGUACAGAUUUAUAUUUCCGUGCGGCAAGAUGAUAAUAUACGUGAGAAACCAGGAUAGAAAAGUAGUAGAGUCAUUGCUGAGCCCAGAAGAGUACACCAUAGAGGAAAUGCAGGAGAAUCUGCUGGGGGGAAUUGUAAUAAGAAACGAGGAAAGAACAGUGCUAGUCAAUAACAGUUAUUUAGAAAGAAUCAGGUGUGCAGGAGAGAAAAUACAGCCGGUAAUACAGAAGGUAUUAUUCACUAAGCUAGACCAAAAUGAGUAA